GUUUCCUUCCUGGAACUUUUGCAAACUUUUUUUUUUUUUUUUUUUUUUAAACGCCUCCAAUAUGGGACUGAAGCACACAGGCGGCUUUUCUUGCAGUCUUCCACAGCUGUGCUGGUUACUGCAAUGAAUGGCAACACUAUCCACCAAGGGACUACUUCCACUUCUGCCGGUCAGCCCAGGGGCUGGAAGGAGUUCUGUGAGCUAUAUGCCAUUGCUACGGCCCGGGAACUGGCCAAGCAGUACCGUCUCUUCGUCAACGAGAACCCUCAACAAGAUGACCUGGCGGCUGAAAACUUCUCGCUGCAGUUCAUUGACCUCUUCCAGCAGUAUUUCCGCAAUGAGGUGGGAGAGGGUGGCCUGGCCAUGACGGGGCGUUAUAGAAUCGUGCCUUUCACGGGGGUGCAGGACUACCGGGAAGCAGGCAGGCGCUUUUCCGAUGGCCCGCAGUUGUUGAUGGCGGUGGUGACGCCCAAACUGGACCAGCCAACUGUUCCCCGGGACCAGGAUAAACGGGAGAGGGGGGCCUCCUCCUCCACUGACACUAAUCCCUCCACCCACCUGCUGACUAAAAGUUCAGAGGAGGUGUCUGACGCUGCUUUUCCUGGGCCUGACCAGGCUCCGAGUUCUUCCUCUGCAGACGCAAACACCACACACUUUUCCAUUACCAGUUUGCGGCAGAGCGUGCGGGGGAUCUUCCGAAGGAAAACAACCGAGUCUCUUACCGUCACUGGGUCAAGCGAUGUGAAAGACAGGGGGGCCUCGGGCACAACGGAACAGAUUACAGCCAUGAACGCCGCAGGACAGUGCUGGUUUGACAGAUUGACCAAUAAGUGGCGUCCACAGACUGUUUCUAGAGGGGUGGAGAGCCGCGAGAGCGUGAAGGAGGCCCAGCUAAAGUACCUCAUGGUGGACGACGCCAGCUCGGAUACGCAGCCCUGCUGGAAGUGCUGCAGGCUGCUUGUGCGAAAGGCUGGUGGGAUGGAAAGUGAGGGGUACCAGCUAGAGAUCUUUGACCCUCCAAAGAGCACCAGACCCCAGCUGAAGGCUCUCUGCUCUGAUAUAACUGAGAUACGGAGGUGUAACCGGCUGGAGAUGCCAGACAACAUGAACACAUUUGUUUUGAAGGUUAAUCACUUCCCAGGCAGUGUCAUAUUUGAGACUGAUAACGACCAGCAACUGAGUUCUUGGACUACAGAAAUUAAGCAUUGCAUCAAUGCAGGCAGGCUGGAAGGAGCCGAUGUGGAGCUGCUCACUACAUCUCAGGCUGACUCGUUUCCUCCUGGUACCGGGAGAGGCAGCUCGGACUCCAUUAACCAAGGAGCUCCUCACUUUGCCCCGCCAGAGCAGAUCUUCAACAAAACCGAUCACUUCCUCUCCUCGUAUCCCUGGUUCCACGGGCCCAUCUCCCGCGUGAAGGCAGCCCAGCUGGUGCAGAUGGCCGGUCUCCAGGGCCACGGAGUGUUCUUGGUGCGUCAGAGCGAGACACGCCGCGGAGACCACGUCGUCACCUUCAACUUCCAGGGCAACGCCAAGCACUUGCGGCUCUCGCUGACAGACAAGGGGCAGUGUCGAGUCCAGCACCUUCGGUUCCCUCGCGUCAUUGACAUGCUCAAUCACUUCCGGCUGUCCCCCAUCCCGCUGGAGAGCGGCACAGCCUGCGACGUCAGACUGUCCAGCUACGUGGUGGCCAGCACCAGUUCUCAAGGUCCAAAUGCUUCCACCACCGCAGUCCUGGCACCCUUCUCCUGCCACCGCUGGACCUCGGAGCCUAGCCUGGCCCAUAUCAGCGCAGCCAACUACCCAAGAGCGCACACCCUGGACAGCCUCCACCAGCACUCCGAACCUGAGCAGAUCUUCCACCUCGUGACCCCACGAGAAGACCUUCCUGGGGCGCUCCGCCACAGUGACUCCAUUGGGGUGCAGCCCCGCCAGCUGCAGCAACGGGACUCUGACUACCAACUAGACCCACCCUCAAGGGUCCGCAAACGAGCCAUUGACAAUAAUUACAUGUUCCUUUAACGGGACAUGGAUCUCGAGACAAGCGGACAUGUGAACUAGCAGAAGGCAGACAGUGUCUCGCCAACCAUUAAAACUCUUCAGGGAGAAGAGCUUCAGUGAAUGUAUUUUUUUCAUUUUUUUUUUAUUAUUAUUUUGGGCAUGGGUGGCUACUGGAUUUGGGAGUGAAAUUUGCUUGUAACCUUACAGACACAACCUGGUCCUUCUCAGGUUUAAAUCAUUGUAUCACAUGCAGAUUUCUUCCUCCUGUUAAAGGGCCCCUUUUCAAAAAGUUAUAUUGUUAGUUCCUAAUUUACAGUGUACAAAUCACAGCUUUUGGCUUGUGUCUGAACUUAACAGUAACUGCCAACAAAACUGCCUGUAAGGUGUGCCAACAAAUAACAGCAAUCCUACCAAAUCAGUGCUGGAAAUACUUGUCGAGACUAACAUUUAUAAAAACUACCCAGAAUCAGUAGAAAGUGCUAUCUCCUUUGAGAUAGACAGCGGUUCUCUGCAAGUAAGAUUAAAAUACAUAUUUUCACUCCCAUACUGUAUGUAGCACUGCAGGCCCCGAGCUAAAAAGCAUUAAAUCAUGAUUCUAAUUAAGCUUUAGCAUUUGUAAAAAUGUUUGUCAGGUUUGCUUUUGUUUUCCAGGAGUCUUGCACAGUACAUUACAAACUUCUGCAAAAAAACCAAAAAAGCACAGAAAAACAAAAACAACCUUCUAGUUAUCUUUUGCUUUUUGAAAGUUGAUUUUGUAAUCUUUGUUAGCCCAUAUAUAUAUAUAGUACAUUAAUGCAGUAACACUAACAUGAUUUGGCAAAAACACAUGGGCAUGUGAUUUCCCAGUGCAAAUAAAGCACCAAAAUUUAAAUAAAUGGGUUAAGAAUACUUUUACAGAUAGAAGUUCAGACACAAGUCUGCAAGAACCCAGAAGGGUUAUUUUCUUUUUUCAUAACAAUUAAUACCUCAGAUUUGAUUUCAAUGACAGAAUUACUGCAAGGCAGUAACUGUAGCUUGCUUCCUUUUUCCAAAUGGCUUUCAGAUAAUAAGCAAUCCAUUUUUUGUACUUUCAUAUCAAGUUGUAUAAAUGAAGCCUCCUCUGUAGCAGGGUUUCUUCUAAAAAACACACAAACAAAACUGCAGCACCAUAUUUAUUUCAUCUCCAUCUCGGAGAAAAGCCACUUUAUCAAAAGCAAUGUCUGAAUUGAGCUUUUCUUUUGUAUUGACUGCAUUUCUGUAAAUUAUACAGUAUUUAUGUUUUUAUAAUUUAUCCACAUUAUAUACAUACAGGGGGAAAAUGUUUCCAAGCACAGCAUCAUCAGUAUAGUGGAACUUUGUGUUGAAGGUAAUAUUGUUCCCCCACUGCCUCUUGGUCUGUGUUUUAGCUCGUUAAAAUAACGUGUGUGUGUGUGUGUGUACGUGUGUGUGUGUGUGUGUGUGUGUGUGUGAUUUAUAUAGCACCCAUCAUGGGUAAGAUGCAAAAUAAUAACCUUAAAUAAAUUCAGUUUCAGCACACCAAGAUGCAGUAAGAGAAGUGAAACCUGAUGUGGGUGCAACUCCCAACACAGAAAUAUAUUACAUCUAAGAAAAAAGAAAAAGGGGGGUGUUCCUCGCUGUAUAUGAAAUGAUUAAAUACUGCCUCAUACACAAUGUUCCACUACAGUAAGACCUUUGUACUAAUAUUUGUACCUUAAUACCAAUAUAUAAAUGUACUUAGAUACCCAGUUAUUUCAGCUACAACAGAUAAUAUAUUGACACAAUCUAAUCAGACAAAGGAAAAUUAGUCCUGAUUUUCCUGUAGUACAAGACAUUUGAAACUUUUACAAUCUACUGUAUUUAACAGAAACGAUGCACAAAAUGUAAACAUUUUAAAUAUUGCCUAUAUCUUUAAUGUAUACUAUAUAAUGUAUAUUUGUUUUAACCAAGACAUUAAAUAUUUUAAAUGAAUUAUUUACAAGCACUGUACAUUAUGUAAAAUGUAAACUCAUUUAUAUUAUUCAGGAAUAUCUAAGGUUAGGUAGCCCCAGCCUUAUCCCCAAGUAGCUCACCUUUCUGCAAUAGAAACCCUGCUGCAGAGAUGAGCAGUAAAUGCAACUAUUUCCACUGCCCAUGCAUUUUACCAGUUACAUAAACUGUACAUUUCUACUUAUUUUCACAUAGCUAAUAAAAACAGAUUUAUGACAAACGUUAUAAGUUGCCUUGUAUGUUUGUAUUCUGAAAUUCUUUCCAUUAAAACAACAUUUAAAAAGUAGAGAUAAAAUAGGAAUGCUUCUCAAAAUGUCACUUGGGUAAUUGUUGCUCCAUUGGCUUCUCCAGGAAGUACACUAAACUAAAACAUUUCAUAUUGCACAGUUACAGUAAUGAUGCUCUGUAUGGAUCUGGAACUACUCAAAUAAAACUAGAAUUCUGUCAUUGAAUGUAGUUUUAGUAUUUCUAAUUUCAGUACUAUUGCAGGAUUAAUAGUUAUGGAUAAAACCAGGAACAAUGCAAUUGUCAUUUAAAUGUUUCCCGAUUCUGUUCAUUUCAAACAGGGACACAUGCAUGGUCAACUGCUUUCAUUUCUACUUCAUGAAUAUUUUCACUUUAAAUCUUGGGCAAAGCCAACUGAAAUUCAAUGGCCAAGAUCCUUCUGAAAGAGAGGACAUCAUGAAAAGCCUUUAUAAAUGCAACCCCCCAUUGUAACUCAAUACCGCCAUCAUGUGGUUGUUCAGUACCAAACAUCC